AUGCGCAGAGGGCUUAGAAGAAGAUUUUCAUUCAGCGCAUCGGUGAAAGAGUUUUCAGCGAUCAUAUGGAGCGAGAUAUUCACGUCUGGACAGGGACACGAGCUGAACAAAUACUACACCGUUACUGCUGAGACUAUCAGAGUGGACAUUAAGGAGACGGAAAGGCCGCACUCCCCGCUCAUUGAGACCAUGUUCGUAUUUAUGCUGUGUCUCUUGUACACGAUACUGCUCAAGUGUGCAAUAUUCUCUGUAAGGCCCACACUCUUUGACAUUCCUGGGUGCAACAUAUUUAUAAACUCCAUGAUCUUUUUUAUAUCUCUAGUUCUUGUGGUGCUCGAGUUCAGAAAGAUUUACAGGCCAGAGCUAGCUUGA